CCUCUUUAUCGAUACGAUUAUUUAAAUGGGAGCCAAGAGUACGAACAUUCCUCACUCGCGUUUUCCUCUCUGUGCUUACGUCAAUUUUUAUGCAUUUCGUGACAUGUUUGUUCCCUCUAGUCUCGUCUCUCUUCCAUCCGUUCUCACAUCGCUGUGGUAAUAUACAUAGUAGAGAAGUGUAGCAUCCUGUUUCGGAGGCAUUAUAGUAAUAGAUGGCAAGAUAAAAACGGCAAUAUAUUUUAUUCGCCCUGGCGAGAUGCGAGUCGCGAGAUGUAACUAAUGUAAAUAUCUUAGAAGUGCUAAGAGUACCGGAAUAAAAUGACAAUGACAUGGAAGCGGAUUAAUGAGCAGUUAGGAGUAGCCAUCCAUAAUUUUGCGCAUCCAAACCCGUACACGAUACGUUUAACAGUCGGAGAGGUUGUACAGAUAACUGAGGAGUGUGGAGACUGGUACUAUGGCCGCAGCAAGUUUAAAGGCACAUGUGGAAUUUUUCCAAAGUCCUAUAUACAUAUCUUACAGAAAUCAACGUAUACGGAUAACCUAGUACAUGAAAUCACUAAUGUUCUAAAAGAAUGGGGGCAUCAUUGGAAGUAUUUAUAUGUGACACACUCCGAGUACUUCAGGACAAUGCAGCAACAAAUUUUGGAUGCAAUAGGAUACAGAAGCAAGAUUUUGAGUGGUACUUUAACAGUAGACGAAUUGAAAGAUAUGAAAAGAUUAGCAACGGCAAGGAUAGACACUGGAAAUCAACUGUUGGGUUUGGACAUGGUGGUUCGAGACGAGCAUGGAAACGUUUUAAAUCCCGAAGAAACGAGUACUAUCCAAUUAUAUUAUCAUCAUGAGACUGCUGCAGAAAGGAUAAGGAAGGCGUCCAAUGACACCAAAAAAAAGUCCCAUAAGCCACAAGUACCUGUAUAUUCACAUAUCUUCUUUGUCAGUGUGAGAAAUUUUGUGUGUAAAAUGGCAGAGGAUGUAGAGCUACUAUUGACUUUAUACGAUGGUAGGGAAAUGAAAGCUAUCACGGAAAAUUACGUGGUAUCAUGGAGCAAAGAGGGACUUGCAAGAGACAUCGAUCAGUUGCACAAUCUUAGAGUAUUGUUCACGGAUCUUGGCUCCAGAGAUUUGACAAGGGACAAAGUUUAUUUAGCCUGUUAUGUAAUUAGAGUGGGCGGUAUGGAAGCCAAAGAACCGGACCACCGACGCUCGAGCGUUGCACAAAAUAAUCAGAACAAAUCCAAAAGUACGGAAAAUAUGAGAAGACCAUUCGGUGUAGCCGCGAUGGAUAUCACUUUAUUUAUUACUGGCAAACUCGAGGGAGAUGUUGAACAACAUCAUUUUAUACCUUUUAUACAAUGUUGUGAGAAAGAUAGUCUUGAUGGAACAUUACGUAAAAUUAUUGCACAAAAAGAAGCAAUUAUCCAGAAACAUAUCAAUGGCAAUAUUACCAAUAUCACAGGUGGACAAGGAUUAUGGACGAGUUUAAAAUUGUUAAGAGGCGAUCCAAAGCAAGUACGUGACGAAAAUCCACAUCUAGUCCUCGGUAAUGUUGCAAUUGCACGUAAAAUGGGAUUUCCGGAAGUUAUUUUGCCGGGUGACGUACGCAACGACCUAUAUUUGACUUUAAUUAGUGGCGAAUUUAGUAAAGGUUCAAAAUCUACAGAUAAAAAUGUGGAAGUAACGGUUAAAGUAUGUAAUGAACAUGGUAUAGCAAUUCCUGGAGUCAUGACAUUAGGAGGCGGCGCGUCUCCUAUUGAUGAGUAUCGUAGUGUUAUUUAUUAUCAUGAAGACAAGCCUAGAUGGUGCGAAACGUUCAAGAUUGCCAUACCUAUAGAAGAAUUCAAGCAAGCUCAUUUAAAGUUUACAUUCAAGCAUCGCAGUUCUAACGAAGCGAAAGAUAAGUCUGAGAAACCAUUUGCUUUAAGUUAUGUUCGAUUAAUGCAACGUAAUGGUACAACUCUGCAAGACAUACAACACGAAUUGUUGGUUUACAAAUUAGAGCAAAAGAAGUAUGAGGAAAGUGAUAUAUCUUACUUUAAAUUGCCAUCAACACGCGGAGAAUUGGCUGAAUUAAAUAUAGAGAAGAAGCCAAGUUUAGGAUCAUUAACAUUAAGCAGCAAAGAUAGUUUUUUGAUAGCAACCAAUAUUUGCUCAACAAAAUUAACCCAGAAUGUAGAUUUAUUAGGUUUACUUAAUUGGGCAUCACACAAUACUGGCUUGAAAGAAUCUUUAGCUGCUUUAAUGAAGGUCGAUGGGGAGGAAAUAGUGAAGUUUCUGCAGGAUGUUUUGGAUGCUUUAUUUAACAUUUUAAUGAGUAAUUCAGACAGUGAUGUCUAUGAUGAUAUGGUCUUUGAGUGCCUUUUAUAUAUUAUUGGACUCGUGUCCGAUAGAAAGUAUCAGCACUUUCAACCAGUAUUAGAUUUAUACAUUUCUGAAAGUUUCUCUGCAACUCUUGCAUAUAAAAAAUUAAUUGCAGUAUUGCGCAAGCGUAUAGAUAACAUCGGCAACAACGAUGGUCAAGAACGUGAUUUAUUGCUUAAAACAAUGAAAAGUCUGCAAUACUGCAUGAGGUUUAUUGUUGAAUCUCGUCUUUUAUUUACUGAAUUAAAUCAAGAUGAAGAAGAAUUCUCACAAACAUUAACAGAUCUAUUACAAUCCAUUGUUAAUCUCAUGAGUUAUGAAACUGAUGGGACUUUGUUGGUUCAAGGAGCUUGUCUCAAGUAUCUGCCUACAACAAUACCUCAUUUAUUAAGGGUCUACAGUGGCAAGCAAUUGAGUACAAUUCUAACAGAUUUACUUGUGACUCUACCAACAGGUAGAUUAACUAAGCAGAAAAUGAUGACAGUCAAUGAUAUUGUUCAUAGUCCACUUUUUUUAAAUGUGGAGUGUAGAGCGAUUUUAUUGCCAAGAAUUACUAUACUUGUGAGAGACUUAUUGGAAGCCAAAGAGGAGGGGCUAUCGAGUACGCCUGGAAAGAGCGUGGCGAAGGUAGCCAGGCUGCUCGGCGAAAAUCGACAUCGGCUCAACCAACAUCGCGGCUACUCUGAAGAGGUGGAAUUAUGUGUCAAGAUAUUGUCUGACAUUCUGGAACUGACUUUUAGAAAAGAUAUAGGUAGCACAGUUUCAGAUGUUAAAGAGAUAAUGUUAACUGCAUUACGCACUGUUAUACAAACUGUUAUAUCAAUGGAUAGGGAAAAUCCUUUAGUUGGAAAUUUAGUUUCAGUCAUGUUAGCAAUAUUCAGACAAAUGACACAACACCAUUAUGAAGUAUACAUCAAUCACUUUGGAACAAGAAUUGAUUUACUCGAUUUUCUUAUGGAGAUAUUAUUAGUUUUCAAAGAUUUAGUUUCUAGAAGUGUAUUUGCAGGAGACUGGUGUGAAAUGAUUAUGCUUCAAAAUAGUGUUAUUCUAAAAUCAUUACGAUAUUUCUCAGGCACAAUUAGAGAUUAUUUUUUUACCGAAUUUGAGCAUCAAGCAUGGUCAAAUUUUUUUCAUUGUGCUAUUGCAUUUUUAACUCAACCUGCCCUACAGUUGGAAACAUUCACACCAGCCAAACGAAAUCGUAUUAUUGCACGUUAUAACGACAUGCGUAGAGAAACUGCAUUUGAAAUUCGAUCAAUGUGGUUCAAUUUGGGACAACACAAAAUACUAUUUGUGCCUGCUUUAGUCGGCGCAAUCCUUGAAAUGGCAUUAAUACCUGAAACUGAAUUAAGAAAAGCUACAAUACCUAUCUUUUUCGAUAUGAUGCAAUGUGAAUAUUACAGUUCACGAAUAGUGGAAGGAUACGGCGAUACCAAACGUGAUCCUGCUCAUAUUAAAGCUAAUUUUAUAGAAUAUGAAAAUGAGAUGAUUGCAAAAUUGGAUAUCUUGGUAGAAGGAGGUAGAGGUGACGAACAAUUUCGUGCGCUUUGGACUUAUGUUAUGGGUUCUUUGUGCGAAAAACAUUCCACAAUGCGAGAGCAAGGCUUACGCUUUGUAGACACUAUCGCUAAACUCAUGGAACGUUUAUUACAAUAUCGAGAUAUUAUUCACGCAGAAUCUCAAGAACAUCGUAUGCUUUGCACUGUAAAUUUAUUGGAAUUUUAUUCUGAGAUUAAUAGGAAAGAAAUGUACAUUAGGUACGUGAACAAACUAUGUGAAUUACAUUUAGAAUGCGAUAAUUAUACAGAAGCAGCUUAUUCUCUGAAGCUUCAUAGUCAGUUAUUAGCAUGGAGCGACCAACCUUUACCACCUUUGCUGAUAUCGCACAGAUAUCCAUUAUGCCAAACACAUCGUGAACUAAAAGAAGCAUUGUAUAAUGAUAUUAUCGAUUAUUUUGACAAAGGAAGAAUGUGGGAAUGUGCUCUUACUGUUUGUAAGGAAUUAAUAUCACAAUAUGAGGAAGAAACAUUCGAUUAUUUGCAACUAUCUGUAUUAUUAAGACGUAUGGCAAAGUUCUAUGAUUGCAUAGUAAAACAAUUAAGACCUGAACCAGAAUAUUUUAGAGUUGCAUAUUAUGGCAGAGGACAUCCUGUUUUCCUUCAAAAUAAGGUAUUUGUUUAUCGAGGAAAAGAAUACGAACGGCUUAGUGACUUUUGUUCAAGAACGUUGAACCAAUUACCGAAUGCAGAGCAAAUGAACAAAUUAUCUCCACCCACUAUAGAAAUGUUGGAAUCUAAUCAUCAAUAUGUACAAAUUAAUAAGGUAGAGCCAUUGAUGGACGAAAAGAGGCAUCGUCUGAGUGGUAAACCAGUUACUGCAGAAGCAGUUUUAAGGUAUCAUCGUGUGAAUGACGUACAACGCUUUAGAUUUUCAAGACCCGCACCGAGAAAAGAAAUCAUUGCGAUAGCUAAUGAUAAGGAAAAAGAAAUAAAUGCUGGCAUUAAUAGCAGCAAUGAAUUUGCUUCGUUAUGGUUAGAAAGAACAGUGCUUGUGACAAGCUAUCCGUUGCCCGGAAUUCUUCGGUGGUUUCCUGUGACAUCUAGCGAGACAUAUUUAGUCAGUCCAUUGAGAAAUGCGAUUGAAACUAUGGAAGCUACAAAUAUAGCACUACGUGAUCUCAUUAUUGCUCAUAGGAGCGAUCCCAGUCUUCCAUUAAAUCCCUUAAGCAUGAAAUUGAAUGGUAUAUUGGAUCCAGCUGUUAUGGGUGGUAUUGAUAACUAUGAAAAGGCUUUUCUCAAUGCAGAAUACAAGGAAAAUCAUCUAGAAGAGAGUUCGGAUCUUCUCAAAUUAGAAGGACUUAUUGCAGAGCAAAUUCCCUUACUCAGUAUAGGACUCCAGUUGCACAAAGCACGAGCGCCUACCGAAUUGACACCGUUUCAUCAACGUUUAGAACAAUGUUUCGUGUCAUUGCGCAAUCAAGUAGAAGUUAAAUAUGGAAAGAGGACAUGCGAUUUGCAAAUUGAAAGCCUAACACAGACCGUAACUAUGCGAAGGCCACCAACUUCAAGAGGGGAUAAUCACUGCCUGUCUGAGUCAAAUAUGAAUAAUUCAGACUGUAUAAUUCACUCCAGGGUAUCCUCACUUACAAGAUCCCAAGUUGCAACGUUCAAGUCUCUUGCAUCGUUCAAUUUUAACAACAGCACACCCCCCAGUGGUGUUCAAACCAUCAAUUUGUCAAGGAACAACUCCAUGCGUUCGCAUAUUCUGUCAACGGCCUCUUUGCAAAAAGCAUUGGGAAAUUCGAGUCCGGGAACAUAUAAGAAGAAGGAUGCGAAGCGUAGAAGUUCGCGAAAGAGCGAUUCCGCCACGGUGACGAAAAGCGAUCAACCGACCAGUCAAUGGUACACCACGGCCGAAAUAUCUCACAGUUCAACAUGUUCCAUUACGUCAUUGAUAUCUAAUUUACAUUCGACACCUGUAUUUGAACUACGUCAAGAGCUUACACCAAAACGACCUCUGAGAUCAGAAGCGGAGAAAGAACGUAGAAUGAGUAAUCGCUGGUCUGGGCAGUCUCAACACUAUCUAAGGAAUAUUAGUAAUGAAUUGGAACCAAGUAAUUUGGGAAAAGGAAAUAGGGAUAGCGUUGGCACGACUGACAGUACAGCAUCCGAGGAUGAUCCGCCGCCGCCUCUGCCGAUUAAAAUGCGCGAGGCCGAUUAUUGUAAUCUUCCAGAGGAACUUUCCUCUAAUCAGUGUCUAGCUAGUAGUCCUUUGAAUAAUCUGAACAAAUCUCCAGGGCAGUGGAAGAACAAGUUACCGACACCUACUGAUGAUGAUCUAGAUAGUCAUUCUAAUAAACCGCCAACGCCUCCACCGAAACCGAAAAGACCGAUUAAUAAUUUGCAUAAGAUUGUUGUUCUCGCGUCUAAUGAUGACAAAGAUGUCGAAGAUUCGUCGACUGCGUAAUGUAAUGUCAAAUCCUGCAGAUUGUCUUGCCGAGAGUUGUGCAUAACAAGUGUUGAUCCACGCUUUAUAAUACGUAUUUCUUGUUAUUUCCAUUUAUUUCUGUAUCGUUGAUCUUUAGAAGAGUUACCAAUCUCUUAGAGUUUUAGUAUAUUACUUUGUGCCUUUCUUUCGAGAUUUAGGAUAAGCGAGUUUAAUAUAUGCUAUUAUCAUAUAAACUUUUUAAUAGUAGAAAAAAUGUUACACCAUUCGUAUAUAUAUUCAGGAACAAUAUUACUGAUAAAAAAAUUCAAAAGUUAAUGUGACUUCAUAAAAUAGCAUUUAUAAUUUUGCAGUGCAUGACAAAAACUAUAACGACAAAUCGUAAACUAACAUAUAUAUAUUUGCCUUAUUUUUAUUCUAAUAUCGAGUAAUAAUAUACAGAACUUGAUUAACUCGCGCUUUAUUCAAGAAAUUCAAUGUUUUUAUAACAUUAUUAACGGAAAGAGAAUUUAUGCUUACAAAGAUAAAAAUUGCUUUGAUAAAAGUUUGCUUUUAACGAACGAUUGUUCAUUAUAUGAGCAUAUUUUUUCAAACAUUUGAAUAUUAUUUGAUUACAUUUCACAUGUUUGCUGUAGUAUCCAUUAUAAGGCAUAAUAUAAUGUUCAUUUUUUCGACCUAAAACUUUAUUAUCAUAUAGUUU